UGUUGUUUCAACAAAACUCGGGGAGGGGGGGGGGGGAAGAAGCAGGUUAAAUGAGAUUUAUGUCACAUGUGUACAAAUUGUCAAAUCACAGAGGGCACAACUUUUCACGUACAAAUUUGAAAUCACAUAUUUGUUCAGUUUUACUAUUUGUCAUUGAUUAAACAAGAUUAGAUUUUUUUAUCAGCUUUCUAGCAUCAUUAGUACUUAUUGUAAGUACUAGUACGUAGUCUCAUACUGAAUUUAUUCCCUCUUUUUCUCUUGUUACUAAAUAAUAUAAUUACGAAAUUUUUUAUCUCGAAAAAGAAUUAAUAAGACAGCAUAGCUGUACAUAAGUAGCAGAUAGAUACUGAUAACGUGUUAUUAAAACUAAUUCUUCUCUGAUAAUUUUUCAGGCUGUUGUACUGAUAUCUCUGUCAAGACAUUUUACAAUGCAUAAGUAGUCAAUUAUAGCCAAUUAUUAAAUAAGUUGAAGAAAUUGGUAAAUAAUUCAGUAGACUAUAUUUUAUAUCUAUUGAAUUUUUUAUAUUCACCUCAGUUAUGAUUUCACUUUUACCAUUUGUGUAUGUGUUGUAUCCAUUUAUGUAGUUUAAAUCCGUUAAGGUGUAAUUAACGUUAAUAGUAUCAUGGAAAAUAAAACGGAUAUUCUUAGUGGCCAAAGUGAGGACAACGAAGCUCUAUAUACAAAUAGUGAAAGUGAUGCUAGUGAAGGACAGCGUUUUUUACUUCCUAGUAGAUAUUCACGUUCGCCAAAGGUGCCGGUAGAAUAUGUUAAAGGAACUAAUAUGAGUCGAUAUAAUCCAGCUCUGAGGAAUCUUAUACCAAUACGUCAUGAAAAUCAAAACAAAGAAAGUAUGCCAGCAGACAGUGCUGGAUUAUUUUCAUAUAUUUUUUAUACAUGGAUAACACCAUAUAUAUGGAAGGCAUAUAAAAAUGGUAUUGACAUUACAAAUCUACCAUGUAUUUCUACUUAUGAAACUUCCAAAUAUAAUGCACAUAGAUUAGAAGUACUUUGGCAAGAAGAGAUAGGCAAACGUGGUCCAUACUUAGCAUCGUUGCCAAAUGUAUGCUGGAGGUUUGUGAGAACAAGGAUAUGUAUAGCUGGAUUUUUAUUGAGUUGCUCUACAAUUUGCGGAUUUAUUAGUUCUAUGAUAUUGAUGAAGAGAGUAUUAGAACACGUUCAAUCGCCAGAGGAAGAUACUUGGACUGGUAUAAAAUGGGCACUGUUAUUAAUAUGCUGUGAUCUUUUACGGGUAGUAUUUUUUAACUGGACGUGGAAUACUAAUAUUAGAACAGCACUAAGAUUAAAAUCUGCAUGUACGACUUUGUUAUAUGAAAAAAUCAUUAGACUGAAUAACCUUGGGAAUAAAAAUACAGGAGAAAUAAUUAAUUUAUUUACUAAUGACAGUCAAAGACUUUUUGAUGUAGUCGUUUACGGACCUAUGAUAUUUAGUGGCCCAAUAAUUAUUACCUGUGGUAUAAUUUAUAUAUUGUGGAUAUUUAGUCCAUUUGCACUUUGUGGAAUACUUACAUUUCUCGUAUUUUAUCCUUGUCAGUAUCUUAUAUCCCGUUUAGUCGGACAUUUCCGUACUAAGACAGUUGUUAUUACAGACAUACGAGUGAAAUUAAUGAAUGAAAUUUUAGAAUGUAUUAAAUUAAUUAAGAUGUAUUCGUGGGAAAAAUAUUUUAGCAAUAAGCUCCUUGAUAUACGAAAAAAGGAGAAGUACUGGUUACACAAAACUGUAUAUUUCCAAAGUCUUGCUAUUUCUUUAACUCCAGCUAUACCUGUGAUAUCUGCAAUUAUUACAUUUUUAGCUCAUUUAUCUUCAGGCAGUAAUUUAACUGCCGCUCAGGCUUUCCCAAUUACAACAUUUUUUGGAAAUAUGCUGAGAAUGGCACUCGCUUCCCUUAAGGAUUCUACACGAUAUUUUAUCGACGUUCAUAUUGCUCUUAGAAGAAUCAAGGUGUUUCCUUUUGUAACAUUACUCAAUUCUCAAUUUCGCUCUUCAUUUAUGUUCCUUCAAGUGGCAUUAGUUAAUAUUAUUGAGUCAAACAUAACACUCAAGAGAUUGCAGAAUGUAUUGCUUCUAGAAGAGCAUACGUGCCAUAUAUCAAAACCAAUUGUAAAAUCGCAAGCUGUAGCCAUUGCUAAUGGUACAUUCGUUUAUGAAAAUUCUACUUUGCACGCUAGGAAAUUAACAAAUACUAAAGAAAGAAAGAAAGUUACAUCAUAUUUGAAGAAUAAAGUUGAACUGGAAAAACUCAAUGAUUCUCCCCAAGAAACAAAAUGUUUGAAAUACGAAGUACUCUCUGACAUAAAGUUUGGAGCCUCAAAAGGUGGACUAAUAGGAAUUUGUGGACACGUAGGAAGUGGGAAAUCUAGUCUUUUACUUGCUGCCCUAGGGCAGCUGAAAAUGACAAAUGGCCAUAUUUUGAGAGAAGGAUCUUGCGCUUAUGUCAGUCAACAGGCAUGGAUUGUCAAUGCUACUUUUAAAGAAAAUAUAUUGUUUGGAAAUCAGUUUGACGCUAAACGAUAUUAUCAAGCAUUAACGGUAUGCAGCUUAAAAGAAGACUUAAAUAUGUUGCCGGGUGGAGACGAAACUGAGAUUGGAGAAAGGGGUGUAAAUCUUUCAGGGGGACAAAAACAAAGAGUUGCUCUUGCUAGAGCACUCUAUGCUAAUCGAGACAUAUAUUUUCUGGACGAUCCAUUAAGCGCGGUGGACGCGCAUGUAGGUUCUUACAUUUUUAAAAAUUUAAUUCUCGGAGCGCUUAAGGACAAAUGUGUCUUGUUCGUAACGCAUCAGGUUCAAUUUCUAAAACACUGUAAUCAGAUUUAUGUAAUGCAUAAAGGUAGAAUUGUAGAACAAGGUACACAUAAUGAAUUGAUGCAGUUAAACAGAGAAUAUGCUACAAUGGUAAAUAGUGCAUUACUAAAGACGAGGAAUGAUACAGAAGACAGAAUCUCAGCACCAACUGAAAUAGACAGCAGAGAUUCUAGUACUGAUUCAAAGAGACAAAUAGCAUCUAAUUCUCAUUGUUCUGGAGACAAUGAUGAAAAUAUUGCAGUAUCAAAAGAAAUACACGGAGGAGGAACAAUCCUGACUACACCAGAAAAGAUGGGGAUUGGUACUGUAGAAUCGUACACGUAUCACACAUAUGUAAAAGCCGCGGGUGGUUAUUUUGUAGCUGUUUUAGUAUUGUUGACACUUUUCUUAAACGUUGGAAGUUCAGCAUUUAGUUCUUGGUGGUUAGCCAUGUGGAUUAAAGCUGGUGGUGGAAAUAUCACCGAUGUUAGUAACAAUGAAACCAUAAUAUCGAACAAUUUAAAUGACAAUCCAAACUAUUCAUAUUAUCAAAAUAUUUAUAUCAGUUGCGUUGGAGUUAUUUUGUUCACAAGUUUGUUGCGUGGCUUGGCUAUUAUGUACGCUACGAUAAAUGCUUCUACGACAUUACAUAACAGAGUUUUCAAAAAAAUGAUUAAAUCAACGGUAACAUUUUUUGAAACUACUCCGAUUGGAAGGAUACAAAAUAUAUUUAGCCGGGAUAUUGAUGAAGUGGACAAUUACAUACCAAUUUCUGUAGAGAAUAUGGUACAGAAUAUUAUUACCUGCAGUUUUGCAAUUAUAUUUAUAUGUGCAAUAGUGCCCUGGUUUUGUUUAGCACUAAUCGUUCUUGCACUCGUCUUUUUUUACAUUAGCAAAAUCUUUAGAGUAGCAAUGAGAGACUUCAAGCGACUGGAGAGUACUUCGCGAUCUCCUGUUUUGAGCUUCAUUACGACUACCAUUCAUGGUUUAAAUACCAUUCAUGCGUUUCAAAAGGAAAAAGCAUUUGUAAACAAAUUUGAAGAAUUGCUAGACUUAAACAAUUUAUGCCUUUAUUUAUGCCAGUCCAUCAUGAGAUGGUCUGCCGUGAGGCUCGAUAUUUUGGCGAUAGCAUCUUCUUCCAUUACCGCGUUUCUUGUGAUCGCGCUUAGAAAUCAAAUAUCACCAGCUCUUGCUGGCUUGGCAAUGGCAUACGCUAUGCAAAUGACUGGUGUCUUCCAGUACACAGUGAGAUUAAUGGCAGAAACAGAAACUCGUUUUAUAAGUGUCGAAAGGAUAAGUUAUUAUUUGAAGACAUUGCAGAAAGAAGGUAAUUCUGAGGAAGAUCAUAUAGAUCCUCCGGAUCAGUGGCCUACUGAUGGGGAAUUAGAAUUCCAUAAAGUCGAGUUGAAGUAUAGAAAAGAACUGCCACUUGCAUUAGAUAAUAUUUCAUUUGUUAUUAAAUCUGGCGAGCAUAUAGGUAUCGUGGGGAGAACAGGAGCUGGGAAAAGUUCACUUAUCGUUGCUUUGUUUCGAUUAGUCGAACUCUCCGGUGGAAAAAUAAAGAUUGACGGUAUAGACGUAGCGAAAAUAAAGUUAAAAUUAUUAAGGAGUAAGCUGUCUAUAAUCCCUCAGGAUCCUGUGUUAUUCAGUGGAACUCUGCGGUCAAAUUUAGAUCCUUUUAAGCAGUUUAGUGAUUCCGAGAUUUGGAGUGUUUUAGAAAAAACUCAGUUGAAAGAAAAAGUCCAAACUGUGCCAGCGCAAUUGGAUGCUCCCGUUGAGGUUGGAGGAAACAACUUCAGCGUUGGCGAGCGACAAUUACUUUGUUUAUCAAGAGCAGUGUUACGUAACGCUAAAGUAUUGAUAUUAGACGAAGCAACUGCUGCUGUUGAUCCGGAAACUGAAAUCGCUGUGCAAAACACCAUAAAAAACGAAUUUUCCAAUUCUACCGUAUUGACCAUAGCUCAUCGUUUGAAAACUGUUAUUUCGUCUGAUCGCGUUAUCGUUAUGAAGAACGGUCAAAUAAUCGAAUUUGAAGCACCGUCCACACUUUUGUCCAAUCCAAACUCCGAAUUUUCGAAAAUGAUGGCCUCGGCAGAGAAAAGUGUGAAAGAAACUUGAACAACGAUUAACGAUAUAUCAAUAUUCAACAGAAGCAAUCAUUAAUAAAUUAAAAAAAAAAGAUGAAGAUAUUCUUUAUCACAUAUGUAUUAAGCGCAUUUUAAUAUAUACAAUUUCUAGAAAAUAAAAUUAAUAAUGAAAGUAA